AACAAAACACAAAAACAACAAAAACAGAAGUAAAAUCAAGAACACAAAGUACAGAUAAGUCGCAAAAAAAAAAAAAAAAAAAAAAAAAAGCAUGUCAGUAGCUUCUUCAAUCCCAUGUAUCAAAAUCCCAAGUCCAUCAACCUGUUGCUCUUCUUGUCCUUCGUCAUCUUCAAGCUCAUCACUUUCAAUACCAAGUUCCUCUUUUUAUAGAUUUUCAAGAACAAAACCGCAGCUUGGAGGUGGGGCAUUUUCUGUAAAUUGUUCUCAGGCUGAAGGGCCUAUAAGGAGACCUGUGGCGCCUCCUGUGAGAGAGCCCUCUCCGCCCUCUACACUCAAACAGCCUGUCCCUCCAUCACCGCCGCCGCCUACACCACCGUCGUCGUCUUCGCCUAAGCCGGCUGUGGCGGCAAGUGGGGUGGAUCAGAAUGUGAUUACCUUGGAGUUUCAGAGGCAGAAGGCUAAGGAGCUUCAGGAAUAUUUUAAGCAGAAGAAGCUUGAGGAAGCUAAUGCAGGGCCAUUCUUUGGGUUCAUUGGAAAGAAUGAGAUUGCCAAUGGCAGGUGGGCAAUGUUUGGUUUCGCAGUUGGAAUGCUAACAGAGUAUGCAACAGGCUCGGACUUUGUUGAUCAAGUGAAGAUCCUUCUCUCGAAUUUCGGGAUAGUAGAUCUGGAAUGAGUUUUCUGCGUGACCCCUUAAACCAUGUAUACUUUUUGGUUUCUGUAAUUGUUGUAGUUAUAUCCAACGUUUUCCAUCCGAAACUUCUUCUGUAACUUGUUUCAUUUUCUCUUGGUUUAUCAAUUGAUAAUCAAAAGAUGUAAUUUCAGAAUUCACUUGAUUCACAAGUACACAGUUUUUCCUUUUGGUUAUAUAUUUGAGCAGGGAGCGAAAUUGGUUGAGUUGUUA